CCCUACAACCAGAACCUGAUUGACCUGCCCAACUGCACAGCCACCGCUGUUAGAAUUGGCAAAAACAAGGUGUUCUGUACCCAUGAGGACCUCCAUGGGGAGGAUCUCCAUAAAUAUGGGGGUCUGGAGUUCCCCCAGAUAAAUUAUAGCAAGUACAACAUGCAUCCAUAUCGCUAUUUCUAUGGCUGUGGCUUCAGACACCUUGUAGGGGACACCCUACUGAAGAUGGACAUCAGGAGGAAAGAAAUGAUGGUGUGGGAGCAUCCCAGUCUGUAUCCAUCCGAGCCAAUCUUUGUACCCUGCCCAUAUGCUACAGAGGAGGAUGAUGGUAUCAUCCUGUCUGUGAUCAUUACUCCAAACAAGGACAAGAGUACUUUCCUUCUGGUUUUGGAUGCAAAGACAUUCAAGGAGCUGGGAAGGGCUGUGGUGCCAGUCAACAUCCCAUAUGGCUUCCAUGGAACAUUCAGUAGCACAGCCUAGACUUGCCUUCUUUAAUGUUCUUGUCUAAUUAUACAUUACAAAUGACUUCGCUAUACAUUUAAUGAUAGACUGAAACCCUUCAUGGCUCUCUGUUUAUAUGUUGCAUGCUGAUGUUUUGCUUAUAUUACAAAAAAGGCUUAAGAAUGUUGAUACUAUGAAAGCUUUAAGCACAAUGUACCCUGUAUUAGUGUAAGUGUGUGUUUAUGCUAUUGUGCAGCAGGGAAUGUGUAAUGAAAAGAAUAGAAGUACUUUAUUCAUCCCAGCAGGGAAAUUACUUUGCAGUUACAGCAU